GACUAAGCGGAAUAGCGCGAUGCACAUUUUUUGGUCCUUCGCGUCGGAUAUUCCAUGAAUGAAACCCACGGAUUUCCCCUUCCACCUUCCUACACGGGACGCCGUAUAAAAGAACAGCGUGCUGUUACGUCACUGAUAGUAUUUCGAAGUUGUCUGCGUUGAUCUGUUACUUAGCCGGCUCGUUGAAAAUUUGUUUAUUGUUACACAAUAUUACCAUUGAAGUAAUCCUAACAGAAUUUGUGAGAAGUGUGUAGGAAACUGUUGUUUUCUUAUCAGUGAAAGUGGCUCUAUACGGUAAUUCAACAAGUUCAAGCUUUUCCGCGAUGUGCAUCGAUAAAUUCCAACAGGAAAAGUGCAGAAUGAUCAACAGGAGCACCCUGGGAAGAGCCCUCCGAAGGUUGUUGAACCACGCCAGGGUGGAAAACCGUCUAGUCAGUGGCCUCAUGCCGGCGCUGAACUACAUGCAGAAAAACACAGAGGAUGUUCUUUUCUGUCUGAUGCCCCAUGCCAGCUCUGGAGAUGCAGCCACACAUAUGCAGACCGUUUUACUCCAGGCCUACUGUUAUGAGAAUUGCAUACCUGUUAUAGAGGUGGACUCUGGACAGAAACUGGUAGAACUCUGCGGCACCUCAAAAACAAACAUAAAAUCGAACUUUCCUUGUGUGAUUAUCACUAAAUACCGAGACAGGUCGGACGGCUCUUCGGACGACUCAUCAUCGAGCACCUUGUCGCCGAUAGAACAAACCUUAACGGAUUUCUAUGAAUGCACCAUCCAGGAAUUUCCAAGGCCGAUCAUUGAACUCCCAGGAUGAGACAUUCUCAUUCCUAACGAAGAUAACCGAGGAUUCAACUUCAGACUUCGAAGCUGAAACGAUUCCAAUUUCUGAAUGUGGAUUCGGAAACUGGCAUUGAUAAUUAUCAUUUAUCAGAAUGUGUGUCGGUUGUGAAACUAUUGAAACAUUCAGUUCAGAGUAUAGGUACCUAGGAGUUUUAUCUAUUACCUACGAAAUACUUGGCCGGGUACUUUAUAGUGUGUUUGUUCAACAGCUAAUCCCCUUUUGUGGUCAAGACUUACCUACUGAUAUAGAGAUAUUGUUUGAAAAUGUAAUUUGAGAUGUUUUCAAUUGUAUUUAAAAUGUUUUAUUGGAAUUGAAAAAAGGUUUAACCAUGUCGAUAUGAGAAAUCAAAAAUAUAAGACAAAUGAUGAUAUAAA